AUGAUUGUGUCGCAGAAUAUGUCGCAAUUUGCGACACAUGCGACACAUUAUUUUUUAGUGUGUAUUGUCACUUUAUUCGCUUCAGCCAAAAGUCAUCUGAAACCUUGGGUCACAAAAGAAGAUUAUUCCCAUUACAAUCAAAUAUCCAAUAAUUUUCUUCAACAGUCAUUUGCCACCGAUAUAUCAUUUGAAGAUCCGCUCCAGAAUUGUCCAAUAAUGUAUAACGCGUUUAUACUUGACAGAACUAAUAAUAAAGAUGAAAUAAGUGCAAUAUUAAUGGCACAAUAUCAAAAUGACAACAAUGAAAAUACGUAUUAUGUUUGUUAUUUAUCCACUCUUAAAGAUUAUUUGAGACAAGGUUUGGCAUCUUACUUGCUCAAUCAAAUUAUAAGCGAAGCAAUAGAAAAAAGAAUUGAUUAUGUAACGUUACAUGUGAAUAUUGAAAAUCGACCAGCACUCAAUUUAUAUCGAAAAUGUGGAUUUCGAUGUGUCAGAUAUAUGACUGGUUACUAUGCAAACGAUAAACGAUAUAGAAAUUCGGAUGGUUAUUUGAUGAUAAUUAAUACAAAACAUGUUAAAGAUAAAUAUCAAGUGUGCAAAGAUUAUCAUGCUGUUUUUCUACCGCCCGAAGUAGAAAUAAAAUACGAAAAAAAAUGUAUACACUCUAGAUUUGAUUAUGAAGAAAAAGAUGAGAAUCUAUUUGACGAUGUGAAAGAUAUCAUGUUUGACUGA